UUUCCGGUUUAGUUGUUGAGGCGAGAAGCCGUUCUUUCGGUUUUUAUUAUUUUUAAUCGCCUCCAAUCCAUCAAAAUGAAGAUCUAUAAGGACAUUAUCACUGGUGAUGAGAUGUUCUCUGACACUUACAAAAUGAAAUUGGUCGAUGAAGUUAUUUACGAAGUGACCGGUAGGUUGGUGACGAGAGCACAGGGUGAUAUCCAGAUCGAGGGUUUUAAUCCUUCGGCUGAAGAGGCUGACGAGGGCACGGACUCGGCCGUCGAGAGCGGAGUUGACAUAGUCCUGAACCACAGGCUAGUCGAAACAUACGCCUUCGGUGACAAGAAAUCCUACACAUUGUACCUCAAAGACUAUAUGAAAAAAUUAGUAGCAAAAUUGGAAGAGAAGGCGCCUGACCAAGUUGAAGUAUUUAAAACAAACAUGAACAAAGUAAUGAAAGACAUCCUCGGCAGGUUUAAGGAACUUCAGUUCUUUACUGGGGAGUCUAUGGAUUGUGAUGGCAUGGUUGCCAUGAUGGAAUAUAGAGACUUUGAUGGUACGCAAAUACCAAUCAUGAUGUUUUUCAAACAUGGUCUAGAAGAAGAGAAAUUCUAAAUGUUAGAUAAGAAAUAACUCAAUAAUUCCAAACUGGCGCCUUGAUACUUUUGUUUUUUUAUUUAUUUAUCAAUCAUGUCCGCAUCCUGGCAGGAACUGGCUUCUCUCAUCACAAGGCUGAACAAUUUUGUAUUUAAAAAAAUAUACUGCAUACAACAAUAAAAUAAUUAACAUCAUA